GAUGAAGAUGAGACGCCAUAAGCUCUUUCUGACUCUCUGCAUGGCUGGUCUCUGCCUCAUCUCCUUCUUGCACUUCCUCAAGGCCCUUUCCUAUGUCACCUUCCCCCGGGAGCUGGCUUCACUUAGUCCCAACCUUGUCUCCAGCUUCUUCUGGAACAAUGCCCCCGUCACACCUCAGGUCAGCCCUGAGCCAGGGGGUGCAGAGUUUCUCCGCACACCCCUGUACUCCCACUCCCCCUUGCUCCAGCCCCUGCCUCCCAGCAGAGCCAGCGAAGAGCUGCACAAAGUUGAGUUCGUGCUGCCGGAAGACACAACAGAAUAUUUUGUCCGUACCAGAGCCGGCGGUGUUUGCUUUAAACCAGGCACCAAGGUGUUGGAGAAACCACCCGUGGGAGGGCGGGCAGAGGAGCGAACAGAUGGUGCAGCUUCGGGACGGCCAGCUCGCAAGCCGCUGAGUGCCAGUGGGACUAAGCGGCGCAAGUGGGUGGAGUGCGUGUGCUUGCCAGGCUGGCACGGCCCCAGCUGUGGGGUCCCCACUGUGGUCCAGUACUCCAACCUGCCCACUAAGGACCGCCUUGUGCCACGGGAGAUUCCCCGGCGGGUCAUCAACGCUAUCAAUGUCAACCAUGAGUUUGACCUGCUGGAUGUCCGCUUCCACGAGCUGGGAGACGUGGUGGAUGCGUUCGUGGUGUGUGAGUCGAACUUCACAGCCUAUGGAGAGCCGCGGCCCCUCAAGUUCCGCGAGAUGCUCCUCAAUGGCUCCUUCGACUACAUCCGUCACAAGGUGCUCUACGUCUUUCUGGACCACUUCCCCCCUGGUGGCCGCCAGGAUGGUUGGAUUGCUGAUGAUUACCUGCGCACCUUUCUCACCCGGGAUGGCAUCUCUCGCCUCCGCAACCUUCGCCCAGACGAUGUCUUCAUCAUCGAUGAUGCUGAUGAGAUCCCAGCCCGUGAUGGCGUGCUCUUCCUCAAGCUCUACAAUGGCUGGACAGAACCCUUCGCCUUUCACAUGCGCAAGUCGCUCUACGGCUUCUUCUGGAAGCAACCAGGCACCUUGGAGGUGGUCUCAGGCUGCACCAUGGGGAUGCUCCAGGCUGUCUAUGCUACUGACGGGAUCCGUCUGCGGCGCCGUGAGUACUACACCAUGCCUGGGUUUCGGCAGUACGAGAACAGCACAGGACACAUCCUGGUGCAGUGGUCGCUGGGCAGCCCCCUUCACUUUGCUGGCUGGCACUGCUCCUGGUGUUUCACCCCAGAGGGGAUCUACUUCAAACUGGUGUCAGCCCAGAACGGGGACUUCCCACGCUGGGGUGACUAUGAGGAUAAACGAGACCUCAAUUAUAUCCGUGAGCUGAUCCGGACUGGUGGCUGGUUCGAUGGUACUACACAGGAGUAUCCCCCUGCUGACCCCAAGGAGCAGAUGUAUGCUCCCAAGUACUUGCUCAAGAACUACCAGAGGUUCCGCUACUUGUUGGAGAACCCCUACCGAAAAGCGGAGGGUGCUGGGUGAGGCCACCAGGGUUUGCAUGGGAAAUCAGAACUUCACAACAAGGGAAAGAGUUGGGUGUUUUCUUCUGUUCCUUUUUUUGGUUUUGUUGGUUCUGGGUGGAGCGUGCCAUUUCUCUGGGAUCUCUGUUCUGUCUCCCUUCCUUCUCUUCUUCCCUUCAUCCCAGGAUGACCCUGGGGACAUGAAUUCCUCAGUCGUGUGAUGGGCAGGAGGAGGAGAGAUAUUUGGGACCUACUCUGGCAGUAGCAUAAAGACUUUCCUGCAUCUCCCGGACAUCUCCUGCUGGCUGGACAGAAUGUCUGCAGCUAGCUGGCGGAUUUUCCUCUGGGAGAGGUUGGGAGGGUCCCAUGGGGAGAGGGGGCAGCUGUUCUUGUAUACCCUUGUCCUUUGUGGAUUGGAGCAAGCACAGAUGCGAGCCUGGGCUAUUCAGUGAGCAUGUGAGUCGGCAGGCACAAACCGGUGCGAGUGGUCAUGUGUGUCAUAAGCAUUUUUGAGAUGAGUGAAUGUGCAAAAGCAGCUAAGUAUGCGUUUAUUUUUUUGCAUACCUCUAUAUUCAAAGAGUAUUUUGGGGAAGGAAAAUCCUUUGCUUCCAAGGUGUUCUCCCCAAAAUGCUGCUUUCUCCUGCAGGCUUAAUGCAUCUGUUCUUUUCUUGAUACUCUCCAGGAUAUAGUCCUGGAGCAGGCAGAUGGGAAGCAGAGGAGAAAGCUGAUUUAAAAAAAAUAAUUUUUUUUAAACUCCUUUGUCACCCCUACCCCCACAACACUGCACUGGCUUGGCCCACAGAAGCUGAAGCAUCUUCCCCGCAGUAUGUGCUUCUACUGGGGCUGGGAUAAGCUGCAGGGGACUUAAUCAGAAAGUGGGAGUGUAUGUUUACAAGUGCAUGGUUUCCUAUGUGCAUGAGUGCUAACAUGCAUGGUUUUGGUAUGCACGUGGGCGUUUGUUACCAGAAUUGGGGGGGGAAGGGGAAUAGUUGGGUUUGGGUGUGUGCUUUCAGGAAAUGGUGGGAUCCAGAAGCUGUGAUCUCUGUCUUGACAUGGAUGACUUUUUGGGGAAUUCAUAGGAGAAGGCCAGGGAGAGCACUGGUUCUGCAUAGUAGUGCCACACUGUGGGAUUGUUGGGUGCCUCUCUGGCUGCAUCUGUAACCCUGCAGGCUGUGUCUGUUGCAGGGUUGCUGCUUACAUGUGUUGGCUAUUCCUUCUUGCCACAGGGUAAAAGGAGAGAAGGGCAAAGCUCUGAGUCAGCAGUGGGUGUUGUGGGGAAACACAAAGCCUGUCAAGGCACAGGAUCCAUCUGAUUGCUCUUAGAGUGUGAGGGAGCUUGUGGAGAAAUGGGCCAUGGGCAGAUUCCCCCUGGGGUCAAGAGACUAUUUUGGGACAAUCAUGCAAUCCAGAGAGCAUGUGCAGCCCACACAUGCAGCCUGGGCCAUGCAGAUAAGACCAUGAAGAGGAGAAGGGAUCUAGGAGGACUCUAGUUGCAGCUGAUUGGGCCAGUGUCCGCUCAGAGUUUGCCAGUGAUGGGUAGUCAGGAUCUAGCCUGCUGUUGUACUGAAUUGGUUUGGCCCACUGAGGCAGCUCCAUGUCUCCACCCUUACCACCCUUCCUUAGCAUAUGGCUUAACAGGGUGCCUGGAGACUGGGCUGUAGCAGGCAAAGAGUGAAAAACAUGAGGAACUUGCUCUGUUAGCCCUGCAGUGGAAAGACUGGAUCAUGUUCCAAGUGAGCAUCAUAUAGAGGAAGAGGAGAAAAAUGUCAUAAGGAAGAAUGACCCUGACAUCAGGCCAGCUGUGUGAAGCAGGAGGGUUUCCACUGCCAUUAACUCACCCCAUCGGGGCUCCAGACUCCUCUGUUGCCCAGCCCACUCCCACCCUUGUGCCUCAUUCCUAUCUCUGUAUCUUUCUCUUUUUUCCCUCCUAUUCCCCUCUCUAGAGAAGUGAAAAACAUCAACAAAAAUAACUUGAUUGCCUAAUAAGACUGAGACUGGAACAGAAUGAAGAUUAAUUUAUUUUUCUGAUCAAACUGAGAUAGAGUUUAUUUUAGCUCCUUCCACAUCUCAUAUGCCAUAAUGCCUGCUUAGAAGAACUGAAGGACCCUUUUUUUUUGUUAUUGUUUGCUUUUUAAAUCACUGUUCUCAUUUCUGUGUCUUCCCCAUGGAUAGAAAAGCCCCUUUGGGAAAUAAUUAGAGGGAGAAGCUUUGGUAGGCAGAAUGUUCUUCCCACAAAGGGAAGCUGUGGCGCUAAGUCCAGACUUCUUGAUGCAACAGAAGGAACGCUUGUCACAGUAAUGGAGUCCUUGUGCCAAGCAACUGCACAAAGGUCUUGAGUAUAGAGAGAUUAUAGAGAAAUGGGGACCCAGCUGAGAAAGGAGGAGCCUGUGUUGAGCAAGAUGAGAGAAGUAACACUGAGGCUGCACCACAAGGGAACAAUGGUUUCCCCAGGGGCAGCUGGAGGAGAGUGGGUGUGUUACCUCAUGUGAUUCAGUAGCAGAAAAGUAUGGAAGGAAGAAGCUAUUUCUCAUUUUUACCCUCAGAAGGGAGCCUGAUAUUUGCUCUCAGACCUUUGACUUUACCUUAUCUCAGUGACAACACAAGCCCAGUGCCAGACCUUGCUGAAGACAGGAGAGAAAAAGAAAUCAGUCUUUUCAUGGGUGCUUUGGCAGCACCAGAGCCCCACGAAGCUGGGGCUAAAGUGCAUGCAUGCUGGGGCUGCACCUCAUUAUCAUCUAAGUGGGAGCAGCCUCUCCUGUGAUACCAGCCCUUCCCAUGCACGGGUGUACUUGGGGAUUUUUAGUGUACCGCAAGUCACACUUGCCUUGCCUGAGGUCUGGCCCUUGUCUCUUGGGAGUUUCAGAUGAGCCCACAGCUGCAAUACCUGGUUCUCCUAUUCGUGAAAUACAGCCUGUUGCCUUUUCUUCACUCUCCUCCAUUAUUUGUUCCAUCAUUCUGCACCUCUCCCUCUGAAUUUCCUCUCCCUUCUACCCUCUUGGGCAGGAGGAGAAGGUCCUGCUGGAAUAGGGGCACUGGAGCUCUUCUGGAGGACUCUGGCCCUGUCUUCAUCCUGGACUUAUUGACUUCCUUAUUCUUAGGAAAUUAAAUUUAUAACAGACUCAGACUUCUGUUGUGGUGGGAGGAAGGGGCUUUACAGAUACAAUGCAUUCUGUUUUGUUUCUCUUUUUUAAGAAUCGUUUAGACAUUUUUUGAUUUAAGGCCAAACCAGUCAGUGUUUCUGUCUAAUUUGUCUGGCUAACCCUGUGUUUAUUAUCCUUAGAGAGCUUGUCAUUAAAAAUCUUCCUUCUCGUCCCUGGAGGGGGUGGGGACUAGCAAGAUGAGUUUUGCACAGUGAUUUCCCAAGGAGGUGGCGUGCCCUCGUUCCAGCCUUGCCUGUACUGCUAUGCCCGGACCUCCGUGGCCAGCACACGGGGGGCACCCUUCCAGACAUCUUCCACAAGAGGGAACCCAAAAGCAUGUGGGUGUGUGGGGUGGUGAGAGAGGCAAAGGAGGAGGCAGUUUUUAUCAGAUUCUCAUUUCCCAGUGCUGAACUCUGAGGUGAGUGUUCAGGCUCCUUGAUCGUUUCUGAACCAGGUCGUGAGGUGUGAGAAGAGAAGGACUAAAAAACACCACCCUGCCCCUGGGCUGGAACUGGGAUCAGACUACCAGAGCUUGAUGUCUGUUUGUUGUUGCAGCCAUGAGUAGUGAAGACAUAUGCCCGCUGCCUCUCUGGGAGUGAAGCGCUCUGGUGAAGGGAGGGAAAGGAUUGCCAGCCUUUCCCUCAACCCUCUUUCAGCUCUGUCCUUUUUCUUCUCCAGAACCUUUCCACCUUCAGAUUAAUUGGUGCAAAGGAGGGCCAGAUAGUAGGUGAAGCAAUGUGUGGCAUCCCAAGCCUUGCUCUUCUCUUUCUGUCUGCCCAUCUCUGUUCUUGCCUUUCCUUGUGCUUCCCACCUAAAAAAGGGAUUGUGUGCCCAUGCAUGGCUUUGGACUGGGGAACUAAUCUUCCUCCUUUGCAAUAAGUGAAAGGAAGGACAUGGGCUUUGGUGGACCUGCAGCCAGUGAACUUGCUAAAGCAGAGGGAACAGGGCAGGUCAGCCGUCUUUGCCCUUCGGGAUGACUUCAGGUAAUGCUGUACCCAAGUGAUGGACAGAAAAGAUGGGGUGGUUUUGUGCCUGUGUGGUUGGUAUGAAGGACGACAUGCUCAAGUCCACUCUCACUGUUGCUUUCUCUGACUCCUGUGUCCUGCUGAAGUGUUUGCUGUCAUGCAGCUCAGGCCAGCCUGCUCUUCAUGUCUCUGUGGCAGGUAAAUGAGGGGAACUUGUGACCUCCAGGUAACAUAUGAGUCAGGAUGGAGGGAGAGUCUCAGAGCAGAAUGAGUAUUUGGUUCCCUUCUGCCCUCCUUGGUGUAUCCUUGUGGGAUGGUAGUGUCUUUUUCAUCCCCAUGGCUCUGUUCCUGUCUCCCAGCUCCUGCCAGCAAUCUCUGUGGCUGCUAUGCCUCUGCACUGUGAAGAAAUGCGUUCGGGGUCACUCCUGGUCCCAUUAGUGAACACUGGUGGUGAAGGGGGAAGGGAUGGCUCAUCCUGGCUUCACUGACCUCAGACCUUGGUGAGAAAGGAGGGAAGUGAGUGGAAGAACGGAUCCUGAAUACUUCCAUCAUUGUGUUCUCCCCACCCCCCCUAAGAAAACUCCCUUCUGAUUUCUGAGACAUUUCUGGACAACUUGCUCUUAUUAUGGAAAGAGUGAGGGAGCUGGAGGUAGGGGGGUGGCAGGAGGGGCUCGGAUCCAGCACCAAGAAAGGAGAGGUGUUUCUAAUGCAAUACACUGACACUUAAAGGUUUGGGGACUAUAUAUAAUGGAUUAAGAAGGGAUCUGGAAUACUCUGAGACUAAGAAUUCAAACCACUUUUUUUUUUUCCUUCCUGUGUGGAUGAUGAUGCAGUAUCAUCCUGGAGGUAGUCCAGCAGCACUACCGAGUCUGGGGUCCACCUUGACCUACUGGUGGUGUUGCCACUGAGGUGGCCCCAGAACACCCUGCUUUGGCAAAAGAAUGUGUGGACUUGCCUAAAAUAAAAAAGGAGAAAAUAAGAGCGUCUGCAAAGCUCCUUUCAACUCUGUAAUUUAUAAACAGCAAGUAAUAAUGAACUUUUUGUAAGGAUAAAUCGAGUGUACAUUCUGAAAUCAUUUUCUCUGUAAAUGGUUGGAUUUCAUUUCACCCUUAAAGGGAUGCUUAAAAGGAGGAGAUAAUAAUAAAAAUUUAAAAAUUUACAAAGUAUGAAAGGAAA